CGGCGGCAGUGGACCGCGUGCGGCACGGGCCGGUGCGGGCGCGGCAGCAGCGCCGGACGAGGUGGUGACGCGGGCGCCGGCGACUGGGCCCUGCCGCGGUGAACGGAGCCGGCGCCGACGCGCUUGGCAUGUGUUGAUAGAGGCCCGGGUAGCGCGGUUGCGCCGUGUUGAUACAGGCCGGCGCUGCCCUGGUGACAGCGAGGCCCCUGAGCACGGCCCCAGCUCGGCGCGAGGCCCCGAGCUCGCGCCGAUGGAGUUCAUUCGCCGGUGGUCGGUGGGCUCCUCCCGGAAGCGGUCUUCGCGCUCAGGUGGCGACCCGAUGUCAGGAGCCACGGACAGCCGGGUGCCGGCUACCGGCGACGCCGAGCCGACCUCGGCGUCGACCCCGGCCGUGACCCCGGCCGUGACCCCGGCGCCGGCCGGUGGCACGCCGGCCCGGCCGGCCACGCGCCGCUCACCGCAGGACUAUAGAUUCGGCAAGGAGAUCGGCUGCGGCAGCUUCUCCACCGUCUACAUCGGCAAGGACAUACACAUCGACCGCGAAGUGGCCAUCAAGGUGUGCGAGAAGCGGCACAUCAUCAAGGAGCGCAAGGCCGAGUACGUGAAGCGCGAGCGAGACAUCCUCAACCACCUGAGUCAGCACGCGCGCCGUGACUGCCCCUUCUUCGUGCGGCUCUUCUGCACGUUCCAGGACUCGGAGCGACUCUACUUUGUGCUGACGCUGGCCAAGCGGGGCGAGAUGCUGGAGCACCUGACCAAGGUGGGCACCUUCGACCUCGCCGUCAGCCGGUUCUACGCCGCCGAGCUGGUGCACGCCGUGGAGCACCUGCACCGGGUCGGCGUCAUACACAGGGACUUGAAGCCGGAAAACGUCCUGCUGGACGAGCAGAUGCACAUCAAGAUCUCGGACUUUGGCUCGGCCAAGAUGGUGACGCGGGAGGAGGGGCGCCAGCUGAUGCAGGGACGCCUCGGCCUGGCCGACGCCGCCGACGACUCCGACGCCACCAACGUCGCCAACGCCGCCAACGCCGCCAACGCCGCUGGCGACGACGGGCCGGCCGCCGACCCGGAGCGUCCGGUGCGGGCCCGCACCAACAGCUUCGUCGGCACGCCCGAGUACGUGUCGCCCGAGCUGCUGCAGGAGAAGACGACCUCGCACGCCAGCGAUCUCUGGGCGCUGGGCUGCAUCCUCUACCAGAUGGUGGCCGGCCUGCCCCCCUUCCGCUCCAGGAGUCAGUACUUAAUAUUUAAGAAGAUCCUGGCGCUGGACUACGUCAUCCCGGACGACGGCUUCCCAGAGGAGGUGGCUGAUCUCGUCCGGCGCCUGCUGGUGCUGGAGCCGGCCAAGCGUCUGGGCGCGGACGACUCCGGAGACGGCUACCCGUCCAUCAAGGCGCACCGCUUCUUCGCCGGUGUCGAGUUCAGCAGCCUCCACGAACAGACCCCGCCCGAGAUCUACCCGUUCCUGCCGGGCAACCAGGAGCACCCGGAGCUGCGCAGCACGUACAGGGUGCCUGACGACCUGGAGCCCGGGCUGUCGGACCGGCAGCUGACCAAGGUGCUGCUCAACAUGUCGCUGGAGGAGUGCCAGCCGCUGCAGCAGUCGCCGGCGCCGGCCGUCAGGACCAAACGCAACAUCGCUGAUGUGCCGCCGGACGAGGCCGCCCGCCGCCUGGCCGAGCAGGAGCGUGACAACAAGUGGCAUCGCUUCACGGAGGGGCACCUCAUCCUCAAGCAGGGCCUCAUUGACAAGCGGAAGGGCCUGUUCGCCCGGCGCCGCAUGUUCCUGCUGACGGAGGGGCCUCACCUCUUCUACGUGGACCCGGUGCACAUGGUGCUCAAGGGCCAGAUCCCCUGGUCGCGCCACCUGCGCCCGGAGGUCAAGAACUUCAAACACUUCUUCGUGCACACGCCGGGCCGCACCUACUACCUCGAGGACACGGACGGCUACGCGCUCGAGUGGGUGAAGGCCAUUGAGGAGGUGCGGCUGCACGCGUAUGGCGAUUGACGCCGGCUCCCCGCUAGCUGCUGACGCUGGCGGGCCGGCUCCGGCGGCCACGGCCGA